AUGAACUCCGGGACUCGAUCCGGCGCUUCCACCAACUGCAACCAGCUCUGGCGGGCCUGGUACCCCCUGCUGGCCAGCGGUCUGCACAUCUUCCUCGUCUACGUGGGCAUCAGUCGUUACCUGACCUUCCGAGCCCAGGCGUUCGACGCCAAAUUCGGCGGCGACUGGGACCAGUCAGUGCUCAAUCUGUAUCUCGGCCUGCUGGUCGCAGCAAUGACCAGCUUCUGUCUGUUCGCCUACACCAGCCUCGUGACCACCCCAAACUACUCCAACGAAGGUGUCCAGUUGGGCCGUGACACCGACAACCUGCGACUCCUCGCCUCGUUGCAGACUCUCGAGGUCGACUCCGGUCCGAAUGGUCAGACGUCGCAGUCACCCUCACGACUACUGUUGCCAGGGCAACCGAUGGUCGGUGGCAAUUCGCUGUAUGCCAGUGCAAACGGCGUCGCCCUGAGGCCGGGCUUCGGUCUCGGUCUCGGUCUCGGCAUGGGCUUGCUGCCCGGCGACGAGCAUCUCUUGGGCCUGUCCGGGUCGCAAGCGCCCCUCGGCCUGCAUCCCGUCAUGCUGGCCUCCGGAUUCGACUCUUGGUCGGGCCGCAGUGCCUCGGCACUCGGCGUCUCCGCCACUGGCGUCGCGAGCGGAGCCGCGGGACUCGGCGAACCCGUCGGACCGGUCGGACUGGCAUUUGCCGGCUUCUCGCAACGCGGCCUCCAUCCGCUCUCGGGCCAGCCGACGCCGUUUUGUCCGCCCGACUGUGACUGCCCCACCUCGGGGCCGAGCUUAGCGCCCAACGGCCAUGGCCAUCGUCGGGAGCGGGACCGAGAGCGGGACACGGACCGGGGCUCGGCCCCCGCCGUGGAGGAGGACGGAUUGGUGGUCGGCUGUAGGGCCGGUCUCCUGCGACUGGUGCGGCAUUUCAUGCCCAUCUCCGCGCUUCUCCACCUCAUCUCGGCCUAUUGCCUCGCUCUGCCGAUUCCCGUGAUGCAGGCACAGCAGAUCUUCUAUCGAGCCCUCUCUGAAGGUAGGCCCGUCGGGCUCAGCUUAACGCGAGUCACCAAGACAGACUAA